UUUCUCCGUUGACGAAGGAAGCAACAAAGAGAAGGAAAACCUCCAUUAAACCCAAUGCCCCAAUUGCCGUCUUUGCGCCUCCUACUCUCCUCCGCCAGUUAUCAAACAUCUCCUCUCAAAUUCUCUUCUUUCUCAAAUCUCUUCCGACCCAGAUCUUCUCCAAGUUUCCGGCGACGCACUAUUUUCACUUCCUCCGCUUCUUAUCCCAAUAGACACAGAGACAAACCCAGUUCUCGUCCCCUUAAUCUAAGUCGUCGAAAAGGCAGUUCAUCGAUGGAUGAUAUUGAGGAUAAUGGGUCUAUUGGGUUUAACAAAAGGAGAGCUGAAGGUAAGGAUAAGUCUGACUUGCCUAAGAAAACCCUCAAAUUGAAAGACGCUAAACUUAAUCCUGUCAAUACAAUUUGCUAUCUUCAGGUUCUAGGAACUGGAAUGGAUACACAAGAUACAUCACCAUCUGUUUUGCUCUUUUUUGACAAGCAAAGAUUUAUCUUUAAUGCUGGAGAAGGAUUACAACGCUUCUGUACAGAACACAAGAUUAAACUGUCCAAGAUUGAUCACAUAUUUUUAUCUCGGGUCUGUUCAGAAACUGCAGGCGGCUUACCAGGUCUUCUAUUGACAUUAGCUGGAAUUGGAGAAGAAGGAAUGUCGGUUAAUGUAUGGGGUCCUUCGGAUCUAAAUUAUCUCGUUACAGCAAUGAGAUCGUUUAUUCCCGGUGCAUCCAUGGUUAACACUAAAACGUUCGAGAUGAGUGAGUCAACAGAACCCGAAAUCGUAGUGGAAAAUGAGGUGGUGAAAAUAUCAGUCAUUCUAUUGCAGCCAGAUCCAGUUGUAGGCCAAAACACGAAAAAUGAUAAUCACCUUUUGUCAAAGGCUGGCGACAUAUCUGCCAUUUACGUUUGCGAAUUACCUGAAAUAAAAGGGAAAUUCUAUCCGGAAAAAGCUAUUGCUCUUGGCUUGAAACCCGGGCCCAAGUAUCGCCAACUGCAAUUGGGUCAGUCCGUGAAAUCAGACCGAAAAAAUAUAAUGGUUCAUCCUAGUGAUGUUAUGGAUCCUUCCAUACCGGGUCCCAUUGUACUUGUUGUCGACUGCCCGACAGUAUAUCAUUUGGGAGAAAUUGCAUAUACUGAAUCCCUUCAAAGCUUUUAUGGAGGUAUAUCGAAAACCGUUAACUGUAUAAUUCAUUUGAGUCCCCUAUCUGUAGUAAACACGGAUGAGUAUCAAUUUUGGAUGACGAGAUUUGUCGGAGCCCAGCAUAUUGUGGCAGGACAUCAACCUAAAAAUGUUGAAAUUCCGAUUUUGAAGUCUAGUGCUAAGAUUGCAGCUUGGCUCAAUUAUCUUUGUCCUCAGUUCUUUCCAUCUCCAGGCAUUUGGUCUCUUCAGAAACAGGAAGGGUCAUAUUCAAAGGCUUCAAAUGAGGAUCCUUCCUCGGAGCCUUGCAAAACUAUUUCGGCUGAAAAUCUUCUAAAGUUCUGGUUGCGGCCUAGUUCUCAGUUUGGUUUGGAUAGAUCCGGUGUUCCAAGUUUAGCUUCCACCUCAGAUGUAAUCAAAGAAUUGUUUUCUGAGAUUCCGGAUAUAGAAUCUGUGGCGAAGCAGAUUUCGAAGUUCUGGGAUCUUGAGAAAGACAAGGAAGAAGACAUGGUUGAAGAGCCGUGGUUGAGUGAAGAAGAUGAUGUUCUUCCUAGUUGUUUGGAAGAUAUAUCAAGAGAAGAAAUGGAGAUUGUCCUUCUUGGAACCGGAUCUUCUCAACCUUCAAAGUAUCGAAAUGUUAGUGCUGUCUUCAUUAAUCUUUUCUCAAAAGGAAGCUUGCUUUUCGAUUGUGGUGAAGGAACUCUCGGCCAACUUAAACGAAGGUUCGGUCUUGAGGGUGCUGACAAGGCGAUCAGAGGAUUAAGAUUCAUAUGGAUCUCUCAUAUUCAUGCGGAUCACCAUACGGGUUUAGCAAGAAUUCUCGCACUCCGACGCGAUUUAUUAAAAGACGAACCACACGCACCUAUAGUCGUCAUAGGUCCUCGACAACUUAAGAGGUAUUUGGAUGCAUACCAAAGGCUUGAAAAUCUAGACAUGCUAUUUCUCGAUUGUCAAAACACUGAAGAUUCUACCAAUGACGGUCAAAAAGAUGUCGAUUCAAAUCUAUUCACCCGUGGAAGUCCCAUGAGGAGCUAUUGGAAACGUCUGAAUGGUGGUAUUGCUAAUGAAAUUGCUUCGUCUAUUAUGAACGACUUGGAAAAGACUCUCAAAGAGGCGGGAUUAGAAAGUUUGGUUAGCUUUCCUGUGGUUCACUGCCCUCAGUCUUACGGUGUUGCCUUGAAGGCCUCGAAUAGGGUAAAUUGCGACGGAAAAGUUAUUCCAGGUUGGAAAAUUGUUUAUUCAGGCGAUACUAGGCCUUGUCCCCAACUAGUUAAGGCUUCUCGAGGGGCUACGGUUCUUAUACACGAGGCUACGUUUGAGGAUGGAAUGGGGCACGAGGCGAUUGCGAAAAACCAUAGUACGACAAAGGAAGCUAUUGAAGUCGGGGAUUUAGCAGGAGUAUACAGAAUUAUCUUGACUCAUUUCAGCCAACGGUAUCCCAAGAUUCCAGUUUUCGACGAAACCCACAUGCACAAGACGAGUAUAGCCUUUGAUCUGAUGAGCGUUAACCUAGCCGACCUUCCUAUGCUCCCGAAAGUUCUCCCGUUUCUUAAACUCCUAUUUAAAGAUGAAAUGAUUGCCGUUGACGAUGAAUCCGAAGAUGUUGUUCUUGCCGAUGCUGGUCGAUUAUAGAUUUUCUAUUUAUUUUCUCAGUUUUGCAUCAUAAUCUUGUUAUCUAAGGUUAUGUUUCCUUAUGUAGGUAUAAGAAUAUCAAUUCAAUUAUUAUGUGUUUUCAUUUCAUUUAGUCACUUCUAAUGUCCUCAAACAAUUGCCUAUAUUACAAUUCUUUCUUUGAAUUUCUUUUAUCCUAUUGUGAUUUCA